GCCCCCAUUCGGCCUCAUGGGGGACUGCAAUCGCCAAAUCCUUACCGCAUGCGGGUCGGAGGGCCCCAGCGAGGGUGAAAAACGCCAACGGGCCGCGCCGGGCCCCCCCUCCCCCCUCCUCCUCUCUCUCCCUCCCUCGCUCUCCCAGGCUCGCAAAGCAGCUCCCCCCGCCCCCGGUCCCCCAAAUCGAGCAAGGGACGGACCCCAAAAGGAAACCCUUCAAAACCCUAAGAUUCCCCAUCCCGCGCUCCCCUUCGUCCUCUCUCUCGGGUUGUCCUAGAUUGUUUCUGCAUUCCGGACGCUGCGAACCCUAUAGUGCAACCCGAGGCAUGUUGUACCAGGUCACCAUUCAUAUUAUGAUCAUCUCCUUGAAGCGAUGCCUAUGAGUGACUGAUGCUUAAAGUGGCUAUCCCAAGAGGAAACAAGGACAAACAUGUUCUUAAAAUGUCUAUCAUUUGGUGUUGUUUCUGUUAACGGUCAAUAUCUAUUAUAUAAUCGGAAGUCUUUGUGCUUGGGAACAUUGUUAUUUAUUUUCCAGUACAGAAACCACAGAUGUCAGAAAGUGAGAUGGCAAUUAUCAAACCAGAGGCUAUGAAGUCCUAUAUUUGGCUUCAAUGCACUGAUGGAUCAAUCCAACAAGUUGAAGAGGAGGUUGCUAUGUUCUGCCCCAUGAUAUGUCGAGAAAUUCUUCAGACGGGCAUGGGAUCUUCUAAGAAUUAUGCUAUUUCUUUACCGCAACGAGUUAAUCCAGCCAUACUUAGCUUAAUUCUCGAUUAUUGUCGGUUUCAUCAAGUUCCAGGCCGCUCUAACAAGGAGCGGAAAUCUUUUGAUGAGAAAUUCAUCAGGAUAGAUACCAAACGAUUAUGUGAGUUGACUUCUGCAGCUGACAGCCUGCAGCUAAAGCCUUUGGUAGAUCUCAGUAGUCGAGCGCUUGCCCGCAUGAUAGAAGGAAAAACACCGGAAGAAAUUCGUGAGACUUUUCAUUUGCCAGAUGACCUCACUGAGGAAGAGAAGUUAGAGCCAUUGAAGAAUGCUAAUGAUGAUCCACGGAUCAGGCUACUAAAUCGACUAUAUGCUAAAAAAAGAAAAGAACUGGAAGAGCGUCAGAAACAAAAGGAUGGAGAAACUGAAGAACAACGAAAAGAUGAGCGUUCAGUUGAUGAAAUAUUAUCUUUUAUAAAUGGAGAUGGAGACUCAAAGACUGCUAAAGCUGCUAAGAAUAAAAAGAAAAAUAGGAGGAAAAAAGAGCAACCAAAGGAUUCCUCCAGAACUGAGUCUGAUAAAUCGCACAAGAAGGAAGUAUCAACUCUUUCUGUGGUAAGAAAUGAAGCUGGUGUUAGUUAUUCCCCUAGUCCAAGUCAAAUUUCAGAAAUGCGAGACAGUGCUGAAGAUGCAUUUGCACCAAGGGAUUUUGAAGAUGCUGAUAUUGAUGAUGAGUUAGAUCCUGCAAUGAAGGAAGAGCUUGACAGAGAAGUGGAAGACUUUGCUAGGAGGCUGAACUCUGAUUGGCCUGAGAGAAUGCAAGAAAUUUUAUCUUUAAGCCAAGAAAGGAGGGCUGUUCCAAAUUUUGUGAAUGGGAAUGGGUCCCUUCGAGGAUACACAGGUACUGUGGGUAUUUCACUCCGACAAUAUCCCCUUCCACACCCACCGACCGAGAGGGGUCAAGACAGGACUACUUGGAGAAUGGAGAAUGUGAUUCGGAGUGUCGUACUCUUAUCUUUCAAAACAAAGAGAACAAUUUUCUUCACACUGAGGAAGCAUUUAGAAGUCAGCUGGUUGAUAUUUGGAAGGAAAGCUAGGCUAUAAAUAGUCAUCGGCAUGGUCUUCGCCAAGAGCUUGGAGGGUACCCUGUACAAAGAGAGAAAAUAUCACUGCUGCAGGGAUCAUCUAUAAAUAACUUCAAACAUCAACAAUUCUGUUCCAGAAGAGUUGCGAGACAUAUAACUUCAUCUAUCAUCAGAAUUUUUCUUUUGUACUACAAUAGGAAAGGUAAGUAGUCGAAGUAGGAACUAUAUUUAACUUGGAUUAGUUGAAAAGAUAUCAUCUUUACUACAUUUCCCCAAAUUUCCACUUACUGCUGCUUUUCUGGCAACAAACACACCAUCUGCAGAUAUAACUGCACCUACUCUCUUACAGUUCCGAACAUUUAUGAUGGACUUGGCUCUACUAUGGUGAUGAAUUUUCC